AUGGCCGUGAACACCGUCGCCUGGGGCGUCUGGUUCCUGGUUUGUGUGCAUAUCACAACGCCCAUCAAUAUACUCGUCAAUUAUGUAGGUUUUGGAAAUUUUUUGAAUAAAAAUUAAAAAAAAAAAAAUUUGUAAAAAAAAUUUUUUUGUGAAAAAUGUAAAAAUUUACACCAAAUUCAAUGAAAAACCCGAUUUUACAAGAUUUUUCAAGAUUUCAUUGACUUUUUUCGCCAUUUACCGUUUUUUUCUAUUGCACAGUGCGAUUCCAUAGUGCAAAAAAGCCUAGAGUUUCGCACAGUGCGAUUUCAUAGUGCAAAAAAGCCUAGAGUUUUGCACCGUGCAAUUUCUUAGUGCAAAAAAGCCUAGAGUUUCGCACAGUGCGAUUUCAUAGUGCAAAAAAGCCUAGAGUUUUGCACGGUGCAAUUUCUUAGUGCAAAAAAGCCUUGAGUUUUGCACAGUGCACCGAAAAUUUUUCAAAUUUUUGAAUUGCACGGUGCAAUUUCAAAAAAAAAUGUUUGACCGCACAGUGCACUAAAAUUUCCCUAAUUUUAGAUUGCACACUUUUUUGCUCAUUUUUUAUGAUCCCAACAUUUUUUGAAAUAAAAAUUUUUUACCUUGCCUCCAACUUCAGGCAAUGUACCGCCUCCCCAACCUCAAAUACCGCUCUGCCAUGCGAAUCAUGCUGUCCUUGUCGCUGGUGGAGCUGGGCCAACUUCUGAACAGCGUCGGCGCCGCCAUCCGAUUGCUGAUUGGCUACGAGCCGGGCCCGAAAAUGACGAUCGUAUUCAGCAUUAUUAACAAUGGGUUCUGGUGCAUUACGGUGUUCAAUCAUGUUUUGUUGGUGGUGGAUCGGCUGUAUGCCGUGUUCAAUGUGACUCGGGUUCAACAUGACGAUGUUGGCAAGUGGAGAAUUGAUGUGAGUUUUUGAAAAGGGGCUUGGAAAUUUAGGGGUUGAAAAAAAUUUUUUUGCACAGUGCAAUUUUUAACAAAAAAAAUUUUUGCACAGUGCAAUUUUAUAGUGCAAAUAAGCUUAGAGUUUCGCACAGUGCGAUUUUGUAGUUGAAAAAAGCCUAUACUUUUGCACAGUGCAGUUUUAUAGUGAAAAAAGCCUAUUGUUUUGCACUGUGCGAUUUUUUAAAAGCCCGAUUUUUUGUUUUGUGUGAAAUUUUGAAUAGAGAAAGACCUGUAUUAAUGUGCAAUUUUCCAAUUUUUGCACAGUGCGAUUUCAUAGUGCAAAUAAGCCUACAGUUUUGCACAGUGCGAUUUUUUAGUUGAAAAAAGCCUAGAUUUUUGCACAGUGCGAUUUUUCGGUAAAAAACCCUGCACGGUGCGGAUCUUUUUAAUAAAAAAAAAUCUGCACAGAGGGAACUUCUAUAAUUUUUUACGAUGCUUUGCCAUAUUACGGCACUAAAUUGGAUUUUUUUUAUUUUUUUAUUUUGAAAAAAACAUUUUUUCCACUGAAAUAUGAAUGUAAAAAAAUACGUUUUUUUCCAAGAAGAAACAUAAAAAAAAAAAAAAAAAAAAAAUUUAAUUCCAAAUUUAAUCUUUUUUUUAUUUCAGCCCUCAAUAAUUUUUAUUUGGGUAGCCGGAUUUACCCAAACAUUUAUCUGGCAUCUCACCGGGGCCUAUGUGUUCUUCGAUUCGAGUCAAAUGAGAUGGAAUCCGCAGACUGAAGUGGUCCCUCAUCCAAUCACCAACAUGAUCUUUGCCAUUCUGAACUGCAGCGUUUGUGCUUUCGGGGUCAUCGGAACGACGGUGAUUUUUGGAUUGAUCUAUUACAAGGUUGGUAAAAUUUUUUUAUGAUUUCUGUUAUUUUGUGGGGAAUUUUAUUCUUUUUUGGCGCUAUGAAAUUGCACGGUGCAAAACUGCAAGCUUUUUUGCACUUUGAAAUUGUACUGUGCAAAAACAUAGGCUUUUUUGCACUAUAAAGCUGCACUGUGCAAAAAAUGGUUGGAAAAUUUUACUGAAAAUCUUAAAAAAGCAAAAUAAAAUUGGCAAAAAUCAAUUUCGUUUGUCCACAUGUCAUCGUAUAUUUUGUAUUUACUCCAACUUUUCUACUUCUCAUGUUCUUUUCACUUUUUUUACACUAGAAAGUUACAAAUUGCACAGUGCAAAACUCUAGGCUUUUUUGCCCUAUGGAAUUGCACUGUGCAAAAUUUUAGGCUUUUUUACACUAUGAAAUUGCACUGUGCAAAACUCUAGGCUUUUUUGCGCUAUGAAAUUGCACUGUGAAAAAUUGUAGGCUUUUUUGCACUAAAAAUUUGCACUGUGCAAAAAUAAUUGCCGGAAAAUUUUGCAACUAAUCAAAAAAAGCGAAAUAAAAUCGACAAAAAUCAAUUUCAUUGUGCAAAUGUCAUCAUAUAUUUUCUAUUUAUCCAAAGUUCUUUUUCAGCGUCACUAUGGCGAAGCCAAAUCUCUCCCUCGUCGUCUGGAAUAUCGGAUCCUCAUCCAGAACACGUUCAUCUUCGCGUGUGCAGUGACCAGCAUGUUCACCGGCGAAAUCCUGCCAUUCGUCAAUGAAACGAUCCGCACCAACGUGCUGAACGUGAUCCUGAUCUGCGCGUCGCCCUACCUGUACCUGACGCUGAACCGCGACAUUCGUCGCUCCUUUAUUGGGAUCUUCUCGAAGCAGUACGCGGAGAGCAUGACCAAUUCGCGGAGGGUGACGGAUCAGAACUUAAGGACGAUCACGUUGAAUACGUCGACGAAUACGGGGCGAGUGGGACCGCCGAUGGUGCUGGUCAAGGGAUGA